AAGUGCAGCAGGUGGCGCUUGACCUGCAGCCAAACACAAAACGAAGAAGAAGUGAGUGCGCGUCCGUGUUGGUUGUGUGACGUAAUUUCCUUUCCGUUUGUGCCACCUUCCCAGUGAACACGCGUUCGCCUUUUUUGCUGAAAAUGCGUUACGUUGCUGCCUACCUGUUAUCCGCCCUCGGUGGCAAUGAUAACCCAGAUGCUAGUCACAUCAAGAAGAUCCUGGAAAGUGUCGGCAUUGAGGCUGACGACACCCGUUUGGAAAAGGUCCUCUCUGAGCUCAAAGGCAAGAAAGUGGAUGAUGUGAUUGCUGCUGGUAUGGGCAAACUUGCCAGCAUGCCAGCGGGCGGUGCUGUAGCAGUUGCCACCUCUGCGGCUGCUAGUUCAGGAGGAGCCGCUGCCCCUGCCGCAGCUAAGGAAGAGAAGAAGGAGGAGAAGAAGAAGGAAGAGUCUGAAGAAUCUGAUGACGACAUGGGAUUUGGUCUUUUUGACUAAGCGCUCUAAUAAAUGUUUAAAGAUGAUUUUAAAAAAUAAA